CUCUUGUGGUGACGGAUCUAGCCCUCUGUAACAUUUUUCUUUUUCCUUUUUUCCUUUUUUUUGUGGAAAAAGAGAAGGAGUACAAAUCUCAGGGCUCACCAUACUCAAUGAGCGGACAGCGCAAUGUCAGAGCGCUCUGGGCAAACUGCAAAGGGGAAGGAUGGCAAAACCAAGUAUGCGUCUCUCAACCUGUUUGAUACAUACAAAGGAAAAAGCCUUGAAACACAAAAGCCUGUUGUUCCUCCCCGCCAUGGCCUGCAGUCUCUUGGUAAAGUUGCCUCCGCGCGGCGUAUGCCACCCCCUGCCAACCUGCCAAGUCUGAAGGCAGAAAACAAAGGCAACGACCCCAACGUCUCGCUUGUUCCCAAAGACGGCACAGGAUGGGCAAGCAAGCAGGAACAAGCAGACCCAAAGAGUACCGAUGCAUUGUCAACACCGCAGCCGGAGUCGCUGCAGCCUGUGGUUUCAGAGACGCCUGCAACGACCCGCCCGAGAACCCCACCAGCUCCAGAGGCUCCAGCCCCAGCUUCAGCCCAGGCCGCAGGGGCAAGGUCCUGGGCACAGGCCAGUGUUACACAUGGAUUACAAGGAGAUGGUGGAAAGGGAUCAAACCAACCGUCGCCAUUCUCUCGCGAGGAAUUUCCCACCCUGCAGGCGGCUGGCGACCAGGACAGAGCUGGCAGAGAACAGGGCACUGCAGAUCAGUGGUAUGGGCCCGGACCAAGCCUCCGCCCCCAGAACGUUACAAGUUGGCGGGACGGUGGGGGCCGUGCCCUGGCACCCACCGUGUCCGGGGAGGGGGUAGCGGAGGGUGGCAGUGGUGGGGCUUUAGUGAUGGAGGGGGCGGCCGGUGGAGGCCAAGUCCCCCCUCAGAAUUCCCAGUCCCACGGGCCACCUAGGAACCCCCCAGCAGGCAGCCCCGCCCUGCCCCUGCCCCAGCCCCCUGUUGGGCCUGGGUUUCCCCCAUACAGAGGGCUCAUGCCUCCCUUCAUGUAUCCUCCCUAUCUGCCUUUCCCACCACCUUAUGGCCCUCAAGGGCCCUACAGGUACCCACCACCUGGUGAGGGGCCCGCCCCCAGGUUCUCUCGUGGGCAGAGUGGUCCUGAUGGAAGGCCUCAGGGUGCGCCACGUAGCGGAGGUGGUGAGGUAGUGAAGCGCCCCUCCAUCUUGAAGCAGGAUGAUCUAAAGGAGUUUGAUGAACUGGACCAUGAUGGAGACGAGGGCUGGGCAGGGGCACAUGAGGAAAUUGAUUACUCUGCCAAGUUGAAGUUCAGUGAUGAUGAAGGAGAUGAAGAGGGGGAUGAGGACAGAAAUGAGAGUAAAAAUGGUUCACGAGAGCUGAGGUCCCAGGAUGGCCCCCCUGUGAUAUCACGCUCACGAGCCUCAGAAAGCGGAGGGGACAUGCGUCACACCCCUCCCAACACUGAUGAUAGCCCGCCAACUCCCUCCAGCAAGCCAGCAUGGGCCGAGGAGGGAGGCAGUGGCUGGAGUGGCCAGGGUGCACCAUCCAGCUACCAGGAGCGGCCUCACAACCAGGGUGCUUCUCAAGGCCCCGGGAAGCCUGGCCCCACCCAGCACCAGCCACCAGCAGGAGGCCCCACCCCUCCUCCCCAGGCCACCCUGCUGGCUCCGGGGGGUCAAGGGGAAGAUGAGGAUGAGACUUGGCGUCAACGCAGGAAGCAGUCUUCCUCUGAGAUCUCUGCCGCUGUGGAGCGAGCUCGUAGGCGUCGCGAAGAGGAGGAGCGCAGGAUGGAGGAGGAGAGGCGUGCUGCUUGUGCCGAGAAGCUGAAGAGGCUGGAUGAAAAACAGCAACAGCAGCAGGGCAACAGUGGGAGUGGAGGAAGCGGCACGAGCAAAGCUCCAAGCCUGGAUGGGAACUCCACAGCUGCAACGGCAGGUAGCCCAAGUCCAUCACUGUCAGCCUCAGCCUCCUCUCCCAACAUCAGCCAGCCACCUUCUCCCUGUGUGGAUCCUGAGGAGACCCCAUUGCUAACUGUUCAGCAGGCACCCAGUGCUGGUGCCAAUGACAGACAGAGGGCUAACAGCAACAGCAGCUAUGACUCCAGUGCUGAUGCCCAGCAAUGUCCUCAACCCCCCGUGGCUCAGACACAACAGCCACCUCUGGAGGCCCCUUUAUCUGGGGAGAGUAAGGAAGAGACUGUAGGCAAUGCUCACGUCCGUUCCGGUGGUGGUGUUGGCGGCAGCGGAGGAGGAGGGGUAGACCCAGUAAAGAUUGAAAGUAUGGGAGGAGUAGCAGGUCGUCAAACCAGUGGUCCCUCCGGUCAGGGAUACUCAAAGUAUCAGAAGUCACUUCCACCGCGCUUUCAGAGGCAGCAACAGGAGCAGCUCCUGAAACAGCAGCAGCAGUGGCAACAGCAGCAGCAACAGCACAGCCAGGCAUCCCAAAGCCAGCUGCCUCCCCAGCCACAGGCCCCACAGGGUCCUUCCCCAGGUUCUACACCUCAGCCAGGGCCGGGACCCAAGCAGGGUGGGCCCCUGUACCAGCCCAGUAAUAUGGGUCGGCCCCCACCGCUGCCAAUGAACUUUGACCCUCGCUGGAUGAUGAUGCCCUACAUGGACCCCCGCAUGAUGCAGGGCCGUCCCCCGCCUAUAGACUAUUACUCAGCUGGUAUGCACCCCUCUGGUCUUAUGGGGCGUGAGCGGUCUGAUUCAGGAGGCUCUGGCUCAGAUCCCUUCGACAGGCAGCAGCAUCCAGGGCACCCCCAUCGUGGGACACCCCCCAUAGAUCCAAAGCUGGCCUGGGGGCCAGAGGUAUUUCCUGGUGGGGGAGAGAGCCGUGGGCUCACCUCUCCUCUGAGACAGAAGCAAAUGUUGGAAGAGGAGGAUGUGGCCAAGGGGCCCAGGAGUGACACCCCUCCACAACGUAUGCGAGAGGGUGGACUAGGUCCUAUCCAACAGUCCAGCUCUGGCUCCUCCAACCAAACCCCACCCCCAGUCGGCACCCAGGUGGGGGGCCAGGGAGGCGGCCAUCAUCCUCAUCACUAUAUGGGUGGCCGGGGCAACUAUAGCAACUUCCCUGACCAGGCUGCAAGGAUGCCCCCUCACCAGCAGCAGCAAAGGGGGGCUGAGAGGGGAAGCCAGCAGCAUGGUUUCAUCCACCAGGAUGAGGGGCCUCCCCGAGGCUCUCAGCAGGGCCAGCUAUGGGGAGCUCCUCACCCCCACUAUGACCGGAAUGGUCGAGCUGAUCUCUCCCCCAUUGACAACAACUCUCAUCUUCACCCUCAUCAUGGCCACCACCCCCACCAGUCCCACUUCCCUCUCCACAAGCCUGAGAAUGGACGUGAGAGAGGAGGUGAGGCUCCCACCAAGAAGGUUGACCCCUCUCCCCCACUUCAUCAGCCUUCCCUCUCUUCCUCCUGCUCUUCUUCUUCUUCUUCUUCCUCCCCCAGGGAAGAUGGAAGUGGCAAAGCUGCUCUGCAUCAACUCCCACACCAGAGGGAGACUGACACUGGCACAGGGCAUAGUGUUGGUGGCAACAGUGGAAGUGCUAUCAGUAGCAGCCAUAUUAAACAAGAGAAAUCAAGCCCAGGCUAUGCUCCGCAUACCACUUUGUCCUCUGGUCCACCUCCCUCUCAACAUGGCAGCCAUGCUCAGCCCCAUCAUCAACAGCAUCCCCACCCCAAAUCUAGCCAAAGAGGUGGGCGGGAACACAAGACAGAGACCCAGUGGGGCCCUCGGCCUGGCAGUAGUAAUACAGGAGGUACCUCUUCACAUGGCAGGAGAGCCAACAAUGCAGGGGCAAGUGGGAACAACUCCCGUGGAGGGGAGGAAUCCAGUACUCUGUCAGACCAUAAACCCUCAAGCCAGAUAGGAGGCAGCAAUCCAAACAAGAGGGCUGGCCCCAUCAAGAAGCCAGUACUGAAAGAAAUGAAGAGAGAGGGAGGUGAGGGUGAGGGAGGAGAAAAACUGAGUGCAAGCUCUGGGAAAGAUAAAGAUCAAGAUGGGGGCCAGGCCUCUAUGGUGAAGCAGGAAGCCUCCUCUGCCUCCCAGAGCACAUCAACUCCAACUGGUAAAGACGAACCAGCUCAGACAGCCAAGCCUAGGAAUGGCGGGAAGGAACGUCCCUCAGGGGGAGGUGGGGGAGGGUCAGGCAGAGGGCCCAAAGAUGCUGACACCACCUCUACAUUCUCAGGUGCUGCCUCUAGGAAAGACAGAGACCGCUCCUUCGAGAGAGGGGGCAACACCUCUUACCACCACGGAGUCUCAGCCAGAGGCAGCCGAGCUGGCCGCGGACGAGGGGGAGAGUUCUAUGGGCGUGGCCGUGGUUACCGUGGCACCUACACAGCCAGCGCUGGGCCCAGUAGCAGCAGUCGGGGAAGAGUGGGUGGCAGAAGUGGAAGAGACUACCGUUCAUCUGCUGCCAGCGGCUACCACCAGGAAUUUAAGGGGGAGGGGGCUGGUGGCAGGCAUGCCCAAGACCGUUCCCAGCACAACCCAGCCCGUGCCAGGAACCGCAGUGAAACCCGUAGUGAGGGCUCUGAGUAUGAGGAGAUUCCCAAGAGGAGGAGGCAGAGGGGCUCAGAGACUGGGAGCGAGAGUGGUGUCAGCGACCUCGGUCAAUCAGACAAGGAAGAUGCCCGGAAACCUGGCACCAAAAACAGCUCUGAUAAUGCCAUCACCACUGGCAGCAGCAGCGGUUCAGCUGCCCCACCCAGAGGUUCCCAGGCCAGGGUCUUCACUCCAAGAGGUGUGCCUUCUAGAAGGGGCAGGGGUGGAGGCAGUGGAGGGGGAACAAUCUACAGGAACAGUGGCGGCCCAGGAGGAAUGGCAACAGGACACAGGGCGGGAGCCAGCUCGAAUUCUCACAGCUGGUCCUCCAAGUCUUCUGCCACAGCUCGCAAGCAGCAGGCCCCAGCUCAAUCAUCUGGGCCCAAAGAAACGGGCCGUGGAGGAAAUGGUGGGGAGAAGAAGGACAAGGCAGCUGACGGAAACCAAGCCCAGAGUCAGGGGGCCAACACCCCUCAAAUGGCUCCACCUGUUACAACUCCAGCCAAUCAAGGGUCCACUGAAAAUGGAGGGGUUAUGCCACAGCAGUCUUCAACCAACACCGCAUCAAACUCUGGAGGGCCCAAUGCACUCCCUCUCUCCAGUGGCCGUGGGUUCCCUACCAGUGGUUUUGAGCGGCCUCCCAGACGUCGCCGUCAUGGACGCUCCCAGCAUCAGCAGGACAAACCUCCCCGCUUCCGUCGUCUGAAGGAGAGAGAAAAUGCAGCACGCAUCAAUGGAGGAGUUGGGGUCAUUGGAGGAGGAAGACCCUCCUCUCCCUCCCUUAAUUCAGUUCAGGACAAUGAUGGAGCUCCCAUCAGUGGCCCAGUCACAGGCAGCGGCCCAAAUGCAAACCACAGCGUUACACUAGCAACCACAAAUAACAACAGCAGCAGCAGCGGAGGCGGGCAUCUUGGCAAUGCAAAUAGCCACCACCACCAUCACUACAACCAAAACAAUCCAGGGCAGACACACCCCCAGCAUCAUCACAACCAUGGAGCCAAGUCCCCUGACUUCUCCAACCAGAACUCGGACCAGGCCAACGAGGAGUGGGAGACUGCCUCUGAAAGCAGUGACUUCACGGAGUUCAGAGAGCGGGAGGGAGGAGGAGGGAAGUCCUAUUCUUCUCACCACCACCACCACCUUGGGAGGGGAGGAGGGGUUAGUGGGGGAGGAGGCCUCGUAGAACGAGAAAUGACAGGAAAAGAGUCCCUGGCUAACAAGAGAAGCUUCUCCAGCCAGCGUCCUGGAAUGGAGAGACAAAACCGGAGGGUCAAUGCUGGAGGUGGAGGAGGGGGUGGGAGAGGCCCACGAGGUCCACCUAGUGGGGGCCAGGGUCCACCAGGCAAUGUAGGAGGCAACCGAGGGGAGAGGCGUGGCAACUGGCCCUCCCCCAAAAAUCGGAAGUGAUGGAAGAUUUUUCAAAUCAUUUCAGACGAACCCCACACCUCUCCACCCUCACCUAAAUUCACUUUAACAUCUUUUUUCAUCUGUAUCAUUCUUUCAUCUCUUACCUGUUCUUAUCCCUUAACAUAUUGGCACAUUGUACAAUAUAUGAAGAUGGUCUGCACCCUCGUUUCGCAUUUCAUUUAUCUGCUGUCUACCGUCCGUUAUUGUAAAUUCUCCCUGUGUACCUUGUCUUGCCCCGCUUUCAUUUCUCCCUUCCUCUGUCCCUUCAAGAAUCUCAACCCAGUUGGAUUCAACAGGUAUGUGGUUCUCCUUUGGAUGCACGCGUCAUUUUGACUGAAGACAUUUCACACAAAAGAAACCCACACACAUGUACAAGCACAAUAUGACAUCUUCAAACACAUGGAACACAAACACACAGUCAUGAGGAUGCAGUGCAACAGGAAAAUGUGGGAUAAAAUUGGCAAGGCAUCAGAGUAAGCUGAUUUUUAUAUUUAUGUACCUGUGUAUAUUUCUAUCACAAUUUGGGCUCGGGUGGUAUUCAGUCAUGCAGUUCUGCAUCACAUUAUCUUACAAAUGGAUGGGGAGUGCAGGUUCUUUUAAUGAAAACAAUUGUACCAUAAGAUAUUUUGUUGUCUUUUUUUUUUUUUUUUUUUUUUUGGCCUCAUUUGUCACUUCCAUUUCAGCCUUCCCUCCCUCAUGGAAGAAAAAUAGGGGUCUGCGUUUUUUCUUCUGCAAAGCAGGUCAUUAAAAAAAAAAACUUUUUAUACAAACCCCUUUUCCUCCCUCUGAGUUGUUGAUUUCCCGAAAAGUACAUCUCUGAUUACUGUGAUAACAGACCCAUUGAAGUACUACUGCUCACUCACACAUUGCAUUGAUUUGUCUCUAAUAUCAAUGUUUUUGCUGCUUAUUCAGAUAGACGGUGUUUGUGUGUGGUGUGUGUGUGUGUGUGUGUGUGUGUGUGUCUGCCCCCCCCCUCGAUUCAUUUCCCU